UGACGUCAUAUGAAGGCGCCGGUAGUUCCGAAGGCGACGGAGGCUACAUGUGAGCGAUGGACACGCCACUGAGGCGCAGCCGGCGGCUAGAAGGCCUAAAACCUGUGUGCCUUGAGCCCCUUCCUGCGCCUGCAGUUUCUCGGGCGAAACGGGCCCUUGUAGAUUUCAAGUCGAGCCCAGAAGAAACAAGCGAGCCCAAGUCUCCGAGAGUGCCGCCGCUGGGCCUUGCAUCUCCCCGACCUCAGCCAGAGACAAGCCCCGGAUUACCCUGUCUGAGACAGGAUGCAGGCUUGGGGUCCUCCCAAAGGCAGCCAGAACCUGACCCUGGGUCCCUCCACGCUCAUCAAGAUCUGGGCCUGGAGUCACCUGCAGGACAGACUGAGUCGAGUUCGGGAUCCCCCCAACGAGAGGAAGUAUCCAAAAUUUCUCCCACAAAGGGAGAACUGGACUCAGAGGUGGCCCACGCUAAGGAGGAGGCGAUCCCAGGAUCCCCCCAGCAUCAGCUACACACAGGCCCAGGAUCCCCCGAGCCUUGCCUGGGCCAGCAAGCACCGGGUCCCGAGCCCUCUCAGCCAGCACAGGAGCUGACCUCCCAGGCACCUAGCUCCCCAGAGCUCCAGCAAGAGCCAAGCAAGCUACCUGCGGCUGGCGAGACGGUACCAGGGGGCCUCGACAAAAAGAAGCGAGUUUUGUCUUCUCCCCAGGCCCCGGCGCCCAAGAAAUUGAAGGAGAAGGAGGAGCUUCCUGUAAUCCCGAAGGGGAAGCCCAAAUCCGGCCGUGUGUGGAAAGACCGCUCCAAGAAGAGGUUCUCCCAGAUGGUUCAGGACAAGCCCCUGCGAACCUCCUGGCAGCGGAAGAUGAAGGAGCGACAGGAGAGGAAGCUGGCCAAGGACUUUGCCCGGCACCUGGAGGAGGAGAAACAGAGGCGCCGGCAGGAGAAGAAAGAGCGCCGGGCUGAGAACCUGAGACGCCGCCUAGAGAAUGAACGCAAGGCUGAGAUUGUCCAAGUGAUUCGAAACCCCGCAAAGCUCAAGAAGGCUAAGAAGCAGCAGCUGCGCUCCAUUGAGAAGAGAGACACCCUGGCCUUACUCCAGAAGCAGCCGCCCCAGAGGCCUGUAGCCAAGGUCUGAGCUCAGGACAGCCCAGAAGACCUCAAGACUUAGAGCCACACCAAACAAGGCACCUCUCAGGCCACUGUCAGACAGCUCUUCUGGGGCCAGCACACCAAAUCUGAAAGCCCAGCCCAGAGGGAACCCAAGACUUCAUAGGAGAUUUAACUGUCCCCAUCUUUUCUAAAGUGCCUUAAGGUCUUAAACUAUAAAUUCAAGGCCAGCCUGGUCUACAGAGCGAAUUCCAGGACAGCCAAGGCUACAUACAGAAGCCCUGUCUCAAAUAACAAUAAAAAAAAAAUUCAACUGUUGCCGGGCAGUGGUGGUGUAUGCCUUUAAAUCCCUGUGUUCAGGAGACAGAGACAGGCAGAUCUCUUUGAGUUCAAGGCCAGUCUGGUCUACAGAGCAAGUUCCAGGACAUCCAGGGCUACACAGAGAAACCCUGUGUUAAAAAACAAAAAAUAUCUUGAAUUAUGAAUUCUUGCUCCCCAAAAAGCUGGUAACUCCCUGUCUUGGGGUCCUGAGUCUAGCCCAUACCUGGAGGCCUGCUGUCCAAAGUCAGCUCCUCCAUUUUCCCAAUGCCUCCUUGUCCACUUUGCAAUCUACUGAUUUGUCCCCUCAGCCAGCCAGCCCUUCCCUCACUUGGCACUGAAGGAUUAAAGAGGGGAGUUUCAGGGAACUGGAUUCCUCUCCAGCACCUCUUUCCCACACUGCACUGUAGAAGUCUUGAGGCUUUCGCUGUGCCUUCAUGAUCUACUGCAGAAGUGUUUAUUAAUGUCUGCACAAUACAGCUCUGGGCUCCCAGAAAGACAGAAGUCCCUGCCCCAUUGGGGUUCCAUUCUCAUAAUAGACAAUUAAAAUACAUGGUGUAACAGUCU